UGAUCAAUGGAGUUGUUUCCUGCGAUCGACUACAUUUAGUUGAUUUGGGUGGGGCCCGGGGUCAUUUGCGGGGAAUGAUUGAUGGGAAGUUUACGACGGUUUGUGAUAAGUGGACCCCCCGAUCGAAGGAAACUGUAUCACGAUUUUUAUUACGUAUGCAGCUUCCUUCUGAGGUGCAUCGGCGUAUGCGGCACCUCAAACAUAUCGCCUUUUGGAAAGGAUCCGAAUAUCGGACCUUCCUUUAUUACGCAAGUGUUGUGGUCAUGAAGGACUAUAUGGACUGUAAAACAUAUAGUCACUUCCAACUCUACUUUUGCGGUGUGACGAUUUUUUCUUCAUCGGCACAUCAGCACCUCUGGCCUCUAGCAGCCGUAUUCCUUCGCAAAUUUGUGAAGGAGUUCGGCACGAUUUAUGGUCGUAUCUACAUGACGAGCAAUAUCCACAAUCUCCAGCACGUGUCUGGAGAGGUUGCGCUGCAUGGGCCGCUCGAUGGUUUCUCAGCCUAUCCUUUCGAAAAUCAUUUACAAUUGAUUAAAGGCUGGGUCCGUUCGGGCACGAAAUGUGCGCAGCAAGUGGCAGCUCGAUCAGACGAACUUGCACGCGUCUAUCGGGCUGUCAACACAAAUGCUCCACAAUAUCCUAGAUUAAAGGCAAAUGGUGCCGGUGUACACGUGACCGCCGAUUUUGUCUUAAUGCCAAAUUUUAAGGAUCAAUGGUUUCUAACCAAAGACCACGGCAUUGUAAAGUUUUUGGAAGCGAAGCAAUCUUCUUCGUUUCCCAUCACCGUAGUUGGAGUCCGGUUUUUGUCAGUGGCGGAGCUUUUUAAUGUAACAGCAGACGAUAAUGCUUUUUCUCCAUUUUCGUCUGCUGAAUUACAUAUUUACCAAUCGCAAGAAAAUGCUCCGUCACAAUUGGUGGAAGUGCCAUGGACUGAUAUUAGGUGCAAGCUAGUUGCAGUCCGGUUACCUACCCAUUCCCUAAAUCGAAAACCCCAACACCCACUACCUCCACGUCCCAAUCCUGAUACUAUUGGUUUCUUUCCCCUUCUACACACUUUUAUGCUAGAAUAAUACUCCUUCUACUAAUCCACUAAUUGCUCCUACUAAAUCCUUUAUUUCUAUUAACUAACGGCUUCCUAUCUUUUACUAAAAUACUAACUAACUACUAAUAUAUUUUCCGAUAGGUGGUUCACGUUAAAAGUUGAUUUGAUUUAUUCCUCCACAGGCUCCUUUUUGGGCCGCGUGAACAACCUGAUGUUCCAAGGGAGGUAACAAGUGGCACUUUCAUCGCGAUUCCGGUACAUCGUGCUCAGGGGGGGCGUAGACGACCCUUUUAACCGCAUGGAUGGCACCUCGAUGGUUUAACCCCGUGCGUAGCAUAAAUUUACUAACAUGUUUGUAAUGCAUUGAUUAGGUAGGUAGGUAGAUAGAUAGAUAGAUCGAUAGAUAGAUAGAUAGAUAGAUAGAUAGAUAGAUAGAUAGAUCGAUAGAUAGAUAGAUAGAUAGAUAGAUAGAUAGAUAGAUAGAUCGAUAGAUAGAUAGAUAGAUAGAUAGAUAGAUCGAUAGAUAGAUAGAAAGAUAGAUAGAUAGAUAGAUAGAUAGAUCGAUAGAUAGAUAGAUAGAUAGAUAGAUAGAUAGAUCGAUAGAUAGAUAGAUAGAUCGAUAGAUUUAAAAAUAUUCUUUUCUGUUGCUUUCUGUUUUUUUCCUUUUUCUUAAGACAGAUAGAUUUAUAUGUAGAAAGAUAGAUAUAUAAGCAUGUAGGUCGAUAGAUAGGUGAUCCUGUGAUAGAGCGCAUUUCCAUUUAGAUAGGGUUUAGCAGUGGAUAGGGUUUUUGGAAAGAUGGAUAGGACGUUAGGUACUUCAUUGAGGAUUAAGGUCGCAUCGGAUUAACCAUCGAGGAUUUUAUAUUCGAGCUUGCGGGACACCGUGAUCCGCCAACCUUCUCCUAGACGUGCGCUUUAGUCCUCUUGGUCGAUGACUUUUUCGAAGUGUGGAGCAGGAGUAGUGGAAUUGCAUGCAUAUUAACUAUACUAAAAUGACUAACAAUACUAACAUGUUCGGUAAGAGGGUGGAUCCGACGCCACAAGGGGGCACCUCUAUCACAACAUAAAACUAUCGAACUUAUUUGCUGCUUAAGCUCAAGUGCCACCCUACAGGCUAAUAUAGGCUCUCCUCCCUAACUCCUACUCAUUACGUCCGCGGCGUGCCGAAUGGCAACAUGCGAUUUUAUUGCAUGGCUAAAAUGAGAGGGGGAAAUGGAUAUAAAUGUGUACUAACUAUGCAAAUGGAAAAGGAAGUAUUGUAUAAGAUUGAAUAAUAUUUUACAUUGUCCUAACCGUAUGUAUACUAACAAAUUAUAAAACACUGUAAAUGAUCUGUGUAUAUUUUUUAUAUUUAUUAACUCAUGUAUUAUGUUUUUUUUAUUUCAUAUUAAAUCUUUUAACUUUUUUAUUUUAUUUUAUUUUUUUACAUGAUUACGGCUUUUGCCGUAUCGUCAACCACAGAAGGCUGAAGUAGUUACAAUUUUCACAAGACAUUUCCUGCUUGUCCUUUGCCUUAUCCCGGGCAUACUCGGUUGGGAAUCUGGGGUUUGUGGUUAUUGCUAUUUUUGUUACUAUUGUUGUAUUACUAACUAUUAUUGUAUUACUAACUUAUCUAAAUAGAUAUUUAAUUUUGUAUUUAUAAAUCCUUUUGAACGGCUUGGCCGUACUAAUAUGAUUUUUUAAUAAUUAUAUCCUGAAUUACAGCUUUGUACUUAUGAAUUUCAUUCAACUAUUUGGAUUUUUCAAUCACAUUUCAAUGGCAUACGAUGAUUUAAGGUGCGGCCCGGU